CACACACACACUGCUAUAACUUACAGAAUCCUGUAGUGCGAUUUGUAGAUCGAAUUCAUAGAACACGAAUUUAGGUCACGAGAUUUCGAUCGACGAAGGAAAGCAAGCAUGUCAGAUCAUGAGGAUUCGAAGGCUGAAUCGUUGAUUGAGAAGAUACAGAAUCACAAGAAUUCUUCGUCGUCAUCUUCUUCUUCAGAUUCCGAUGAUGAUAGUAAGAUUUCAUCCGUUAAAUCGAAGGUUUUCCGUCUCUUUGGAAGGGAAAAGCCCGUUCACCAGGUCUUCGGCGGUGGAAAACCGGCCGAUGUGUUUUUGUGGCGGGACAAGAAGGUAUCAGCUGGGGUCCUAGGAGCAGCAACCAUUAUUUGGUUCCUUUUUGAAGUACUGGAGUAUGGUUUGCUGACACUGGUUUGCCAUGGAUUGAUCCUUUCGCUCUCAAUAUUGUUUUUAUGGUCUAAUGUCACGGCCUUCAUCAAAAAGUCUCCACCAAAGAUUAUGGAAGUUUCCAUUCCAGAGGAACCUCUUAUGCAAAUUGUAGCGGAUGUCAGGAUCGAGAUAAAUCGAGGAUUUGCAGCCUUACAUGAUAUUGCUUCGGGAAGAGAUCUAAAGAAGUUCCUAUUGGUUAUUGCAGGUUUAUGGUUUGUAUCAAUCAUAGGCAGCUGCUGCAACUUCUUAACAUUGUUCUACAUAUCGUUCGUUCUGCUCCACACCGUGCCCGUGAUUUAUGAUAAAUACGAAGAUAAAAUAGACCCAGUUGCAGAGAAAGCAUGGAUCGAGAUCAAGAAACAUUAUGCAGUAUUCAAUGAAAAAGUGAUCAGCAAGAUCCCAAGGUCUUUGAACAAGAAGAAGGUGUAGGAGGUUUGUAUAUCUAUAUUCUUGUGAAAAUUAUCAUUACUAGCUUUAUAAUUACAUGUAAGUGCUUUAUGAUUCCGGGUCUGGGUCGAUCUGGUGAACUUUUGACCCUAUACAACUGUUGCUGGCGUCCCAUACGAUAUAUGGUUCUAGUGUUAAUGAAAUUGCAGUUUUUGUAGA